GUCCAACAUCUCAUCUUCAACUCAAGCAUUCCCCGUCACUUGCUGCUCUUCCUUUCAGCGCGUCCUUUGUCAUAGCCUUCAACUCUAGAUUGCUUGAUUUCGUCCGACUUGUGGGGUUGGCACCACCAACCAGUCGGCCGACUAUCUCGGCGCCAUUGCUACGCAGUGGUGUUGUAAUCGACUUGUCGUGCUCUUUAGCUCCUUUGCGGCACUACUUGUAACCCUCCAUCUGUCUGCCCCUCCUGCCUGUCAUCUGAAUUACCCUUCAGUUACCAGGCCAACAUGCGCUUCUCACGAGUUGUGUCCCUUUUGCCCUUGGCAACCGCUUUUGUCAUUACCGAACCCGAAGUCUUCUCCAAGAUCGAAAAGUCGGGACGGCGGCUUGUUGACAAUACCCAGACUGUCCUUGAUGAUGCACUCAGCAAGGUCAAGGAUGAAGCACAGCAUGCAUAUAGCAAAUUCCACGAUAUUGGCUAUGAUGUCGAGGCAUGGCUAGAGGACGAGGAUUUUGACGACAGCGUCAUCGACCUUGAUCACCCCCGUGGUCCUCACCAUGGCAAACCUCACCAUCCCCCACACCACGAUAAGCCGCACCACCCACCGCACCACGAGAAGCCAAACCGGACCGUUUACGAGCUCAUCAACGAGAGCAAGUACACUACAAAGCUGGCUGAGCUGAUCAAUCAGUUUGAUGAUGUCGUCGAGUUGUUGAAUGGCACUGCAGCCAACUAUACCAUUUUUGCCCCGACGGAUGCGGCCUUUGAGAAGAUUCCCAAGCACCACCCACAACCAUCAAAGGAGUUCUUAAAGGAAGUUCUCUUGUACCAUGUCACUGACAGCUUCUACCCUGCUGGUCGCGUUCUCCACAGCUUCACCAUCCCUACUCUGUACACAACCAGCAAGAAUCUCGGUCACGCUCAGCGUCUAACUCCCCGAGUCACAUUCAAGGGCCCCACAAUCAACUACUACAGCCGCCUUGUAGCUGUAAACAUCUUUGGAACCAACGGUGUUGUUCACGGCGUUGACCACAUUCUUGUGCCCCCUCCCAAUGUUGCCACCAUCCUCGAUCUGCUCCCUGGCGCCUUCAGCACGCUGGAGCUUGCUCUCACCAAGACUGGUAUAUAUGACUGGCUCAACACGACCGAGUACAAGCACAACGGUGGUACCUUUUUCGCCCCAAACAACUACGCUUUCAAGAAGCUCGGCCCUCGAGCCAAUGCCUUCCUUUUCUCAAAGUACGGCGAGAAGUAUCUCAAGGCUCUCCUAGAGUACCACUUGGUCAAUGAUCAGACCCUUUACACGGAUGCCUUUUUCGAUGGAUCUGACGAUGGCGACGACGAUGAUGACGAGUCUACUAAAGACCGCCCAGAUUACUACCACUACGACCUCCCAACCGUGCUGGAUGACAAGUACCUCGCCGUCGACGUCACGCGCUAUGGACCCUUUGCCGAGAUCCGAAUCAAUGGUUUCUCGCGCGUCACUAUCCACGAUGGUAUUGCGAGUGACGGUGUCAUCCAGGUGGUUUCUGAUGUUCUCAUCCCACCCAAGACCGCUGGUGGCGAGGAAGUCUUCUGGAAGGGCGAUGAGAUUGAUGUCGAAGAUCUCAAGGAGCGUCUUGAGCCUUUUAUUGACAAUAUUGAGUUGUAGAGUUGCACACACACACACACCACCACCACCACCACCACCACCACCACACAUCUCGUGUUGAAGUGAGGAACGGAUCAUGUAGCCACGGUGGCAUUGGACGAUCUUUACACACAUUUUCACUUUUACGUAGUCUUGUCUUCAGAUUGAAGCAGGCACCUCACAAUAGAACGUGUAUGAUCUUAUGUGGCUCAAUGAACAAUAACAUUCU